AUGGGAACAGGGGCGGAUAUUAUCAAAAAACUCACCCCGGCACCGAUGCCGACGUUCAACGCAUGGAACACGAUUCGAGCGGGCAGUCGACUUAAAACUGAUGGAGAUGAUUCGGAACUUGACGCAAAGGUGUCGAGCAAAGAAAACACGAAUGGAUGUGAGGAUUCCUUAGAGUCCGCGAAACGAGGGCCGAUUGGAAAGGAACACAUGCUAAGAGCCGCAAUGGCGGCAGUAAAGACUACAGGCGAUACAGAUCGAGGUGAGUUAGUGUGUGUGGGGGAAAACACAACGGUUGUAAGACCGAAGUUUAAGAACAAGACGUGGUCUAGGAAGGAUGCUACUUCGACGAUUAAAGGUCGCAGUCGUCGAAGGGCGGGAUCACAGGCAGCAAUACACCAUACCACGACUUGUCCCAAUGUAACAAUGACCAGCGACCUCUUUGGAGGAGGAAAUUUUUACCAGGGACCCGGAGGAUCAUACGGGGGAUAUGCAUUUGGGAACCCUAGUGACCUUGUGCCACCAAUAUAUACCCCGAUGUGUGUUAAUAAUAGCAUACCUAUGCCCAUGCCAACACAUAUGCCAGGACCCAUUCCUAUGAUGGGAACCAAGCCUGAUGACUACCCGGUGCAGGGGAAGGGUCCUGGCUCCUUUAUGGCUCUACCUUCAUCUCCAAUACACCCUUACUUUCACCAGUUAUCGCCCUCGCCUCCAAUCGACCCGUACCAGAUGCCAUACCAUCCAUACUAUCAUCCAGCACACAUACAUGUUGACCCUAUGUCCAAUCCGUACCGCAUACAGGAGAUUAAAAACCAAGUCCUCUAUUACUUUUCGCCCGAAAAUUUAAAUACUGACGAUUACCUCAAGUCCUUGAUUGACCGUACGACUGGGGGUGUGCUAUUGACAGAACUUAUAAAAUUUAAGCGUUUGAAUAUAAUGACCAAUAAUGGUCGUGAUAUAAUAAUAUUACAAAAUAUCAUCAAAUACGAGUGCUUCCCAGAGCUUGAACUCAUUCAGAUGAAUCAAGGAAUAGGAGUGAGAAGUAAAUAUUGGAGGAUUCAAGUAGUUUAG